UUUUGUAUUUGCGUGUUUUGGUGUUAUGACUAUUGUGUAACGGCAGGUUCUCAGAUUGUUUAUUGUAGAACCAUUUAAGAAUUUUUUUACGCCAAGUCUUUCGUUAAGAGUUCUCCAAUCUGCGAGUUAAAGAUAUGAUGGAUUUCUCCGUUCACUUCACACCACAGAACCAACUUACUCUUAGCGCAGAAUUGCGGAACGUCAUACAAGAGCGUAAUAUACUUACAACUAGAACUAGACUGAAAGUUUUGUCUGAUCUUGACGGAGUGAAACGAACUUCUGACGAAGAGAAACGAAUUUCUUUACGAAAUAAAGCAAUUCAAGAAAUUCUGACGUCGGAGGUUAGCUACCUGCGAAGCUUGGAGACUGUGAUGAAGUAUUUCAUGGAACCAUUACAAGAAGCUGAUUUUAUAUCCCCAACAUUGUACAACGCUUUAUUUGGACAUAUUCAGAUGCUAUAUAAAGUAAAUGGUGAACUCCUGAAUGAGUUGAAAAUGAAUCCAGAUUGCAUCGCUGAAGCAUUUCUCAGACUUGCACCAUUUUUCAAGCUAUAUUCUGUCUAUGCUUAUGAUUACAAGCAGGUGUUAUCAAUCAUGCAGGAUAUUGGCAAGAAGAAUGGAAAGUUGAACAGUUUUAUUAAGGAUCAAGAAAGUCGGCCUGAAGUUGGAACGAAACUGCCAUCUUUACUCAUCACUCCAAUCCAGCGAGUACCAAGAUACAGAUUACUACUACAAGAAGUUCUCUCCUACACUCCAAAGUCACACAAGGAUUAUGCUGCAUUGGUUGAAUCACUGAGUGCUGUAGAAGAAGUUGCAAAGCACAUUAACAAUCUUAUGCGAGAGCAGGAGAACAUGGAGCGUAUGGUGAGACUGCAGACUAGCUUGGUAGGAGGAUUACCUCAAAUUGUUGUACCGGGCAGGCGUGUGCUAAAGGAAGGUCUCCUUAUGAAAGUUUCUCCUCAAGGAAAAAGUGCUCAUCCACGAUACUUUAUUCUGUUCAAUGAUAUGCUAAUGUACUGCAAAAUAAAACGGCCUAAUACUUCGGAAUCUAAUUCAUUGAAGUGCUGUUGUGUACUACCUUUAAAGAAGUGCACCGUCGCAGAGAUCUUGAGUAAAGGAAUGUUCAAGAUCACAUGCCAUGGUGUAACAAUCUUGGUUUACACUGUAACUAUGCAAGAAGGAGAACUGUGGAUCUCUGCCAUCAGCGAAGCACUUAAACAGUACCACGAGAACCGGCAGACAUUGCGAAAGGACAGUAGUUCCCGGAGACCAAUGCGAAGAUUUGAUAUUUUGCGAGAAAUGAACCAUAAUUCUUCUGAAAGAGUAACAAGGAAGAGAAAACGAUGUGAGAAGAACAAUGGCUGUAUAACACAAGAUGAGGAGAAUAGGGACCCAUGUGAGACCACAGCAAAUGUUUCAUCGAAUAUGACCAAGUCAGCCAAUGAAGAGAUACGUCCAGCUAAAACAGCAAAAACAUGUGAAACUUUGACAGAUGAAAAACAGGUUAACCACACUUCAGGCGAUGAAACAAAGGAUUGCUUGUACCCAUUGCGAGAAAGUAUGAAAAGAGGAAGAAAUAUGGUACAUUUCCGCGAGGAAGAUGUCAUUGGCCGCAGAACUUUGAAUGAAUUUCCACACUCAGUUGUUGAUAGUACCAAUAGAAAUGAAAUUACAUGGACUACCUUUUCAGAAACAGUACAGAGUACAAUUUCAGAAAAUCUAUCAGAAGCUAAUGAAGAGCCAUGGCAUGUUAGAAGUAUUAGUUUAAUAAGAAAUUUUAUUGCUGGUUUCAGGUAUUGUUUUAGAAAACAUGUCUUAAAAAGGCAUCUCAGAGUUCCUGAUUUUAAUCAGUAAUUUAUGAUCUCUGUCACAGUUCCUACAUUACUGUGGCAAUACAGAAGUUUGUAUUUUUCUAACAGAUAUUUUCCUAUAUUUCUUGAGUAUUACUUCCUCUCUCUCUCUCUCUCUCUCUCUCUUUCUCUCUCUCUCUCUCUCUUUCUCUUUCAUAGGGGAGGAGAUAAAAGUAUAUUGAAGUGUGUACCUUCACGAAAAACAGUUUAUGAUUAUGUCCUUAUAUGUUUUGAUAGUGUUCCAAAACUAUCUUCUUUCACGUUACUUGUAAACUUA